UAAAGGUGCGUUGACACGGUGCUAGUGUGCUCGGCCGAGUCCGCUCGGUGCGAGUGAACUAUCGUACGAGUUCUGUUGACACACACAAUUUUACUAGCUUGGUUUUAGUAUAAUGCAAAAUGGCAGAAAUUGUGCGUGCUGGUAUUGCUAUUGUUGCACAGUUACUAAUCGACGAAUUAAACAAUUUGCAUGCUAUAAAAAAACGACGUCCUAGACGAAUGUGGAUUCGGGAGUGGAUAAAACGACGAAACGAGUUUGGUGCAUCUGCAACGUUUCUCAGAGAAGUAGCAUUAGAGGAUCCAGAGACGUUCAGAAACCACCUAAGGUUAACGACAAACCAAUUUGAAGAACUGUUAUCAAUGGUGGAACAUUUAAUUAAAAAGCAAGAUACUUUGAUGAGAGCUGCUGUAGAGCCAAGAAUAAAAUUACAGAUUACUCUUCGUUACUUGGCGACUGGAGAUUCGUUCAGCACAUUGGAACAUAUGUAUAGAAUUCCAAAGAGUACCAUAUCCAAGUUCCUACCAGAAGUCUUAAAAGCUAUAUAUGAGGGAUUGAAAGAUUUUAUAAAGAUGCCUACAUCUACAAACGAUUGGGCAGCAAUAGCAAAAGGUUUUGAAGAGAGAUGGCAGUUUCCAAAAUGCUGCGGCGCACUAGAUGGCAAGCAUAUCAACAUACAGUGUCCCAACAAUAGUCACAGUGACUUCUACAACUACAAAGGAUAUUUCAGCACCAUACUUUUCGCCUUAGUUGAUCACAAUUACUGUUUUACUUAUAUUGAUAUUGGAUCUAAUGGACGUGUAAAUGACAGCACGGUUUUUAGGAAUAGUUCAUUGAAGGCAGCAAUAGAAAAUGGAUCAGUAGGAUUUCCAAAGUGGGGGGUUAUUGUUGGAGAUGAUGCCUUUCCACUGAAAGAUUAUUUGAUGAAACCGUAUUCAAGGCAUGGUCGCUUAUCAAACUCUGAAAAAGUAUUCAAUUAUAGACUCUCUAGAGCAAGGAGAAUCGUGGAAAACGCAUUUGGCGUUUUGGCAAUGCGUUUCAGAAUUUUCAGAGCACAUAUUUUGUUAAAUCCUGAAAAAGUGGAUGAUAUCGUCAAAGCUACAUGUGCCAUUCACAAUUGGCUACGACAAACAUCGCCUAAUUCUUACAUGCCACCUUCUUCUGUUGACAGGGAAGAUGAAAAUGGACAAAUUAUAUUAGGCUCAUGGAGAAAUGAAAAUGCAUGUUUGGGAUUACAAGAUAUAGUGUGUGGAAUUGGUAGUAACAACUUCACUACUUUGGCUGCAAAUUGCAGAAGAAAAUUUACCGAUUAUUUUAUGGGAGAAGGGGCAGUUGGAUGGCAGUGGAAUAUGAUACACUAGUAAACUAAUUCUGAUUUGCUUGGGACUAAUAAUGUGUAUAAGCCUGAAAUAAAAUUUGAUGUGUAUAUUUUCUACUUACAUGAUU